AUGCCUAGGUCGAUCAGAGUCGGAGAUUGUUUCGAUAAUGACGAUAAUGGGGUGUGGUCGUGGUAUCUGAGUCACAUUAGGAGCGGCGAUUUUGAAGAGUUCAGCAGGAAUGAGCUGAAGAUCUCGCUGCUCAAAAGAUUUCUGAACACGCAUUUUGGACCGGCAAGCCGCGGGCAGUGCAAGCAGAAUACGAAGAUUCUGUUUGUGUCGAUCCCCGACCAGGUUCACCGGGACCUCCCCCUGCUGGAGAAUUUUUUGCGAGAUUACUUCCAUCUGGAGCAUCUGGAGCAUAUCGAGAUCACCAGGCUGACGCAAUCGAGGGUGUACAACCAUGAAAACCACUACGUUUUAAUCGAUAGGGUGAAUAAUUUUGGUGACCCGACUUUUCUGCAGUUCGCGAGCUCCAAGUGGCAGUCGCAGCUGUCGCAUCAGCGGGCCCGCAAGCUUUCGAACCCUGCCUCCAGCAUUGACAUGGAUCAGAAACUCUGUGGUACGGUCACGGAGCGCAGUGGUUUGAGUUCAGACUCGACGUCAUCGGACGGCACUCGAAAUCUCGGCUACGGGUACAGGAGAGAGCCGCAAUUCGUGGAAGUGAAUUCCAUACAGUCGGAAAGCACGACUGAACCGGCUGAUUCGAAUUGCCGCGCUGAGGAUGACAUAGGAGAUGGUGACAGUGCGUCGGUAGUCCUCAAUUUUUCUCACUCGUUGCUGCGAAGGCGGAUUGAAGCGAGGAAACUUGCAGCAUUAAAAGAACAACAGCGAACAAAAAAUGUCGAGGACGAUGAACAGUCUUCGUCGAUGCCAGACGGCAGUUGCACCAUUUACAGCCCGCCGAUCUCAGAAAAUGUCUCGAUUAACAGUUUCGAAGAGAGCAUAAACGACCGAAGGAGCUACUCAGGUCAACCGAUAUCUCUCACAAUAACCAGAAAUGAAGAAACAAAUAAUGAGAGUUCUGAUGAGUCUCAGGAAGAGAAAACGUCAGACGUAUCAAGCAUUAGUGAAUCGAUGAAUAGCUUGGAGUCUGCUACUUCUUUCGGUGAGGAUUGCGAUCUUGAUAAUGGAAGCGAGUCGUCAGAUUACUCUGUGCUUUCUAUUUUACCGUCAAUCUCGAUAAGUGAUGCCAUGGGACACUUUCGGCUGGUUUUGCAAUCCACGUUAUUGCAGAAUCCUGAGACUAAAGAAAUUUAUACAGCAAUCCGGCAGUCCAACAAUCAGCCUGCCGUAGCGGAUGUGGAAGAUGACUGGCUUUUAUACGAUUCUCAUUUCUCCAUGAAUAACCUUCAAAUGCUUACUUUGCAAGAUCUACUUGACGCUAACAGGUCUUUCCCAAAAAUUAUAUUCUACAGCAUGAUUGUUGUAUCUGACGAGCAGGAAGAGCUGUUAAACCUCAGCAACACGCACAAUGGACUGGAAUCGUCUUCUCAAAUGACUCUACAGCGAGCAACAAACGCGACACCCGCGGUACCGAGAGUGAAUUCCACUAUUUCAGUAUCCGAAGACCCGCAAGAGUUUUACGCUAGCAUAGAUGACGUUAAGGCGUCAUUCUCAAAACAGUCGGGCCCUCAAACGUAUGCUGCCACAAGGGUGCAGUCCAACGCCACAGCAGGUCAUAUUUCUGUUCGUAGAGUCAACAGUAUAGGCGACUGGGCUUUUAGUCAUAAUAGCGAUCCGAGAAUCAGCGAUCGAGAGAAACGACAUAACACUAAUGGCAUUGAUACGCAUGCAGAGUCUAACAAGCAGGGCAUACAAUGGUUAUCGCUCAAUAAACCACCCUCAAGAAACCGUCUAUCAAAGGUCAGCACUGUUGGAUCUUUGAACGUUGUCGAAAGGUCAAAGAGUACGCCUUUGCCUGGGUCGCUCAACGAUAUGGAUGGCGAGUGUAAACAUUGGAAGGAUAAAAUAACGGCAUUCAGACGGAAGAAAGCCCAGCGGGGACACGGGAAUGAAAGGGAUUGUGUAAUAAUGUAG